CGCACCAUGAAAGUCCUUCCGCGUCCCUCGUGUCAUAACAUGGUUGCCCUCACUGCAAUGACACCACAUUGCUGUUAAGCUGGUUAAAGGCGUUAAAACGAGGACCACUGCACCGCAGGCAUGCCGCGCUACGAGCUGGCCCUGAUCCUGAAGGCCAUGCAGCGGCCGGAGACGGCGGCUGCGCUGCGGCGGACGGUGGAGACCCUGAUGGAGCGCGGAGCGGUGGUGAGAGACCUGGAGAACCUGGGACAGAGGCUGCUGCCCUACAAGAUGACCAAACACAACCAGAGGCACAGCACCGGGGCGUACUUCCUGGUGGACUUCUAUGCCGCUCCGAGCAUCCUCGACGGCCUGCUGGACCACCUGCACCGAGACGUGGACGUGGUGAGACCCGCGGUGCUGAGGAAGGACGAGCGGGCGCCCGACAGCAGCUGCUGUGGCCCCCCACCGUAGGGCUUCAUGCUUCUCUGCUCAUCCAGACACAACACACUGCUGCUUCCCUCAUUGACCUGCCUAGGACUGUUGGCUGUGAUGUUAUAUGUAAUUCAAUAAAAAAUUACUAUUUCCUUUUUUUUUUGCAAAAAUAACCAAAAAAA